GGAUGUAAAGAGAAAGAAAAGAUACCAUCCAUGGUACCACGGCACGUCACAUGGUAUUUGGCUUGGCUUCUCCGCCGGCAUUUGAUAUAAGAUUUACGUCCUGCCGCUUUGGCUCCAUAUUUCCUGCAGCAUCCUGGAGUUUCUCCCACUUCUCAGAUGGAUCUUCUCAAGAGCAUGUUUGUACUCAUGUUGGUGGCUUUUCUUGGCUGCUUCAAUGGAGAGUGCAAGCUUCUUGAUGAGUGCUCUUCAGACAGUGAUUGUGAAGCUGGAUUGUAUUGCUUCUCCUGCUCCCAAGGGUUCUCAGGUUCAAGGUGUGUUCGGUCAGCAAUCACAGACCAAUUCAAGUUAUUGAAUAACUCAUUGCCUUUCAAUAAGUAUGCAUAUCUCACCACACACAACUCUUUUGCAAUUGAUGGGGAACCAUCUCAUACUGGAGUUCCGCGAGUAACUAUCACAAACCAAGAGGACACUGUUACCCAGCAAUUAAAUAAUGGUGUCCGAGCCCUGAUGCUGGAUACUUAUGACUUAAAAGAUGAUGUGUGGUUGUGCCACUCAAGUGGAGGGAAAUGCUAUGACAUAACAGCAUUCGAACCAGCCAUUGAUACUAUGAAGGAGAUUGAAGCGUUCCUAUCUACAAAUCCUUCUGAGAUUGUCACAUUGAUCUUAGAAGAUUAUGUUCAGGCUCCAAAUGGAUUAACAAAGGUCUUCAAUGAAUCAGGUUUGUUAGAGUACUGGUUUCCAGUCUCAAACAUGCCCCAGAAUGGUGAGGACUGGCCCCUUGUACGUGACAUGGUUUCUAACAACCACCGCCUUAUCGUCUUCACAUCUAUCAAAUCCAAACAAGAUACAGAAGGGAUUGCCUAUCAAUGGAACUACAUGGUUGAAAACCAGUAUGGUGACGGUGGGAUGAAAGCUGGGACAUGCUUUAACCGGGCUGAGUCUUCAACUCUCAGUGAUACAAGCAAAUCUCUAGUUCUAGUGAACUAUUUUCGAACAAUACCAGAUAAGUCAAGAACAUGCGUAGAUAAUUCAGCAGACCUUAUUAACAUGCUCCACACAUGUUAUGGUGCUACUGGUAAUCGAUGGGCUAAUUUUGUGGCUGUCAACUACUACAAGAGGAGUGAGGGAGGGGGAGCAUUUCAGGCGACAGACAUGCUUAAUGGGAGGCUGUUGUGUGGUUGUGAUGAUGUCCAUUCUUGCACUCCUGGGUCUACUUCUGGAGCAUGCACUCCUCCAUAACAGUGAUGGUGGAACAACUCCUUGGAAGAUUAAGGCAUUCCUGGUCGCAAGUACCCCAUGAAUGGCAAAUUAGCACAGCUUCUAAUGAUAAUGCCUUCAAGCUGUGUCUGCAAUAUGUAACUCCUUCAAAGCAUUAUUCCAAAAAGUUACGGCAGCAGGAGGAUAUCAUUGGGAGCCUGCAAUAUGUAACAGGCUGGUGAUAAUUAGAGAUAGUGAAAAUUUCUGCCUGAUGAACAGGUGUGA